AUGCUCCGACGCGCACUCAAACUUCCGCGUAUUUUCUGUGCUCUAUGGACACUCCCACCACUUGGCCAACUGGCCGCUUUCCAUCCACAACUCGCACGGCCCUUAACUUCAUUUCCAUCUGUUUUCAAGGGUCCUGACUCAAAAUUAGGCUCCAGCGAAUUCGAAAAGCUGGCUGAGUACACUCUUGAUUACCUUGCAGUGGCCGUUGAAGAUCUUGCGGAUAGUCAUGAGGUUGGGCUGGACUUCGAUGUAUCUCUAUCAGAUGGGGUGCUGAAUAUAUGUUUUGGAGACAAACACGGCACCUACGUGAUCAAUAAACAGUCAUUCAAUAAACAGAUUUGGUUCUCCUCCCCGACAAGUGGGCCCAAACGCUUUGACUACGACCCAAAUACCAAGUCGUGGAUUUACUCCCAUGAUAAAACGGAUUUAUUUAGGCUCAUGUCCACCGAGUUUUCUCUUAUACUCGGAUGCCCCGUUACUCUUAAACUUCCGUAUUGA